UAAAAUGAAGACUACAGGUUCUCAUAGGAGCUCCCAUGUGCAAGGUCGUAUCAUUAUGUGAAAUAGAGGUGGAAAUACAACAUCUGGAGUUGAAAUUGGUGUUGCAGUGUUACUUUUUGGAAAGUUAUGGCAAAAACAUGGAUGUGGUGAAAGUGAAAAUUUUGGUUAAUUUUGUUGAUAUUUUUGAAACCGAGAAAGAUUUUGAAGGGAUUCAAAGGGAUUUAGGGAGCUAAGCACAUGGAUUUUCCAUAUUCAAUUCAAUUUCUCUUAUACAAGAUACUUUACUAACAAGUUUUCGGUCAAGAAGGGGGUCAAGUGGUGAAAAGGGGGUUUUCAAACCCGAUAAAAUGGAACCCAGAGCCAUAACUAGCCAACCAAAUGAGAAACUAAGAGCUUUAUUGGAUUCUACAGGUCGAAAUACAACUUAUGAACAUGUUAUUGGAG